CCCACAGCUCUGAUUAUUGGUAUCUGAGACAUUUUGGUGGUUUGAGACCUUUUCCCAGAGCCUGAACUGCAGAGGAAGCUGGUUUGAAGCCCCUUACAAAGGUGCCAGAAUGGACCUACAGAGCCUGAGCCAAUCUGUAGCUUGAGAAAGUUUCUCACUCGGAUGGCAGAUAAAGGGCUUGUCAUGCUCCCUGCCUGCUGGACAGGCAGCCAGGCCUCAUGGAGCGACUGGAACAGUUGGGCAGUCCCCAUCUGAGGUUCCAAGACUCGGGAAUGAGCAGUAGCAUUUUGAUCUUGGGCAGGAGACGAGGUUGGCAUCACCAUUUUUGUGGUGUUGGCAGAAGAGGGAAAUAGAGCUUGAAUUCAAGCUUUGCAUAGCCCUCCAAGGUUGUAGUCUCUGUUCCAAAGCACAUAUUUUAAGAUGAAUGGAUUGGAUCAGACUUAAAUAGUUCUAAUAAAUAACCUUUGGGCUCUCUCUGUGCCUACUAAGAGCAGAGUCUUGAUUUUAAGAAACGGCUUUAAAGUCAAAUGUACCUUCAUCCCAUUUAUGUUGCAGGUGAUUGAAGCUGAUAAUCAUUCAGUGAGCUGAGGUGAUCUCCAGAGCAGAAUGUGUUAGGACACAGCUGUGUUGAGGGAGAGCUGCACUUUGACCCUAAUAACUUGACAAAGCUGAAUUUUAAAGAUCCCAGAAGAUGGUGUCUGCUUGCAUCCUGGUACUAAGGCACUGACAGCAGUGGGAGUCACUCGAGUAGUUGUCUCACAAAGAGAAGAUUGACCUUGCCUGCAUGGGAUUGCUGCUGAUCCCCAGGUCAGUGAGCUGGGGAAGUCACAGGGUAUGGGAGGUCUCCACUGAGAUUUGUGUCCAGUUUCCAGAAGCUGCCAGCAGUACUGCUCUGAGCUUAGCAGAGCCUGAGGACCAGGGACUUGGUCCUAGAGCAUAUUUAGCUUUAGGGUGUCAGCUCACCUUCCCCAUCCCUCUCUCCCUGUGCAGUCUGACACAGCCCGUGCAUUUUCACUUUGUAUCACAGAAACAUGAAACCUGUAGUUCACAGAACCCUCUGUCAGAGAUUCUCACUGGGUAUAUCCUGAAGCAAAAGUUUGACAAUAACAUCCUGGGGAAACAAUGGAUAGAUCAGACUUGGAGUCUUGUCGGCUUCAGUCACUCCUGUGGCAGGUUCGAGGUUCGCCUUGGCUGGGGGAUGUUCCAACCAGGUUUGUCGGUACAGCACGGAGCUGCUGGCCCAGCCCCAGCCCUGCUGUGCCAACAGGUAACCCCACAUGUUGUGCUUCACUACCCCAAAGCUUUUCUGCUUCCUGGCCUUGCCAUCUCCCAGCAGGCACAUCAGUGAGAAAGCAGUGCGAGGACAGGUGUCAGCCUGCCUUGCCUUGCCGACAGGGUUACAAAAUGGGUUCUAGGACCAAACCCAUUCCACAAAAUGUCAGGGUUAAAUAUCAAAAUCCUUGGCGUUGCCUGUGUGCUUAGAAGUGCUGAGGAAAGGAGCUUUAUCAAGAGGUUCAGCUGAAGCAGGGAAUUGUCCCUCCUGCUCCUUUUGCUUCCCAGGGAGCAGUGUGCUCCCCUGCCUGUGGCUCUGCCUCCACAAGGCACUGCCAACCCUAUUGCUAGACCACAAAAAAUGGAGAUGUGAGGGGACCCCAGGGAACUGGGAGAACAAGGAAGAGGAGAGGUCCUGAUUUUGAGCAGGUUUUUUUGCAGGUUGCUCCUAGAAGCAGUCCUUUGCGGAGUUUGUCCUCAGAGCUCCUGAUCCUUGUGCUUGCUGCAGCACUUGGCUCAGGCUCACAGCUGGCUGCACCUCAUUGUUCCCCUCUUCUACCUGUAUUUCCUGUGACCUGGCUCAGGGUAUAGCAAGUGCACAACUGGGAUUGGUUUUCAGCCUUUGUUUUUGCCUCCUCCAAGGAGUAUAAGAAGGCCAGAACCCUGGCUCUGCUGUGGGAAAGGCGUCCUCACAGAGUGAGGUGCCACAGCUGGAAAGUGCCGAGGCAGCUGGUGGGACAGGAGAAAAUGGUGUUGAGGGAGAGGAGAAAGGCUGGGUCGGUCUUGGUCUACCUUGGAAACUCAGUCAUUAGCCUGAGGUUCAGGAAUAUUGUUAAGGUACUGUGGGACUAAAUAUUAUGUGCCCUUUAUGGACUUAUGCUUUGUGCUGGGGCUGCACUAUCCAUCCCACUGAUGGCCCUGGGUUUCAGCAGCCGCCCUUUAACUGGAAAACUGCCAUUUUAGCUAAAUUAGAAGGAGCAGCAGCCACUGUCCCAGAGGCUGGACAACCCCUCCCUCCUGCAGAGCCUCAGCCCGAAGAGCAAUUUGUGAGCUGACCCAUAACAAAGGGGAGCUCCCCUAAUGAGGGAACAUUACCAUCAUUACCCACAGCUGUUCAGGAGGGGAUCCUGUGCUUGUCUCAGUACUGGAAUCACUCAUUCUUUAGCCUCAGGACCUGUUGUCGACCACAGAACCUGAGGAAGUCAAUAACCCUCCAAGGAGUGAGUGAUACAUCCUGGCCUACAGUUUCUGUUGAUUUAGCCUGUUCAGACAGGCCUAGUUCUUAAAUUUAACAGGCUUUAGCUAAAAUUUUACUGUGUUAAUUUGAAAUACUAAUAUAGUGAAUUAUAUAUUAUGGCAAGUAAUUCCACAGAAGAGUACGGAAUGAGAAAAAAGUUCCAAAAGGUCUAAGUAAGGUGCAGUGUUAUGUUCCACUCUCCCAUGUGGUUCUACAAAAGCUUUCAUGGCUAAACCUCAGGCUUUCUCUCUGCCAGAGGUAAACAGCUGCCUUCUCAUGAUCUCAGCAUAACAGGGUGUUCAGGGUGUUACUAGUUGGGUGAUGGUCUGGAAAGUGAGGGAAUGGGUUGUACUUACUGCUUCUUGCUUUUUCCUUCUCAAAAGUUCCAGAGUUUAAAAAUGAAAAGGUAGCUGUAAAUUAGCUGUAGCCUGCAAAAUGCAGCUGACUGUGAGGCAUAAUCUCCCCACAGUUACCUGUGCUUUGUAGUCUCACAACAAUUGUUGAAGCAGAGUUUAUUUAAAGGAAAAUAAGUAGCGACUAAGUAAGUGCACAGAAGGGACUCAUUUAAACAACCCAUUGGGUAAAAGGGUAGGGCAAGAGGUGUCUUGGGAAUGUUUUAAUCUGUCAGAAAUGUGAUGACUAAAGGAGCAAUUACUGCUCUAUGUACCAUCCCUGGGCCUCUCCUACACUCACUUAGAAGUAUUUCUACAUCUCUCAUGCAACCUGCCCAUGUGACAAAUCCGCACACACGCUGUACCCAAUUAGUGUCAAGCUAAGAGCUGCUCUGCAUGUGUCUCACCUCUCUAAACCCCUCCUGAAAGCAAUUUUCCCAGCAUACAAAGAAUAAAUCACCAUUCUGCUAACUCUCUCAGAGGGCAGUUCCCAAAUAAGGGCCAAAUAAACACAGGUAAUACAUGAUAAAACAUUAUAAUUAAUGAGAUAAUAUUCUUCCCAGCAGAAGCAGGUGCAGAGUAUUAGCUUUUUUAAGUGUUAAAUGUUAUAUGUAAUUAAAUAUGGCAGGGUGAGACAAGGCACUUGAACAGGCACUUGUAGAAAACUGUGAAACGACUUAAAAAAACCCCCAAAACCCAAUCCUUCCUCUAAAAAAAAUAUAAAAAACCCCAACAAAACCCCAAACAAACUGAUAAAGAAAAAUCUAUGCACAUGUAGUACAGGAAAUAUAACUGACUUUAGCUGUGUCCCAGGCUCUCCAGAAGCAUCAGUAGGUGAAGAAGUGAGGAGGGCAGAGGGAGGGUGUACAGCCUGCCCCACACACCCCUCCUGGGGCACCAACUGCACCAGGGUGAAACCGUUACCUUAAUGUGACAAAUGACUUAACAUGGCCACACCUUGUGUAAUCAAUAGGCACUGUGCUAUUGGAAUCCUGUGCCUGGGAGUUUCCUGUGACGCUGCUGUCACUCCUCACACACAUUUUCGGGUGACCAGCAUCGUGCUGUUUUGGCUCUGGUGCACCAGGGGGAUCUGCUCCUCUGCUACCGUUGUGGCCUUCUGCUGAAGGCUGGCUGGGUCAGAAACCAUCACGUACCACUGAAGGAGCAGCUCCUCUAAACAGCCCUGGGGUGGCUCUAGUGAAAAUUGUGCUGAAGGAGUGAUGUGAGUUAGAGGUGACCGAGAAAGGCUGGGAGGGGAGCACUGAUGAGCUUACUGUGGGUAUGGGAUGAGUAGAGCCAAGCAGAGGCUUUGUGUUUUCAGCACCUUCUCUUUGGCUGCUGGAGGUGGGAGGGAGGGCGUGUUUCCCUUCCCUAUCAGACGUUCCACUUGUGCCUCCCUCCCUGAGCCUGGGGAUGCCCUGGGCGGGAGGGCAGCAUGCCUGGGCUUCUGAACCCCUGUCAUGGUGCCACUGCUCAGCUUUAUGGGAGCCCAGGGCCUUUCUCCUGCAUCUCCAGUGUCCUCCUCAUGUCCCAGGAAGCCAAAUAAGCAGGCCUGGCUCUCCAGCCCAAACAGGGGCUGUGCUGGAGCAGCCAUGGGCAGGGGUGAGGGGUGCUGAGUAGUCAGGGCAGCUGAGCCCAUUGGUACCUGAGGCAGGCUGACAGCUGCCCAGCUCCUGUCCCUCAUACUGGUGGGAUUGGACCUUGGUGCCUUCCCCAGAGCUCAGGGACAUGAGAACACACCAUGAGUGCAACUGGCAGUGACCAGAGGACGCCCUGUGAGUCAGGGGUGGCCACGUGAGGCCCCAGCACCAGCCCCGACGCCUUCCCGCCCACCCGCCACCACAAGCCAGGACUGGCACUGGGAUCUCUGCCCCUGGGAUCCUGAACCAUUGCACAGCCUUGCAGAGCUUUGCAGUGACCACAGAGAAGUGCACAGUGCUAAAGGAGAAAUACAAACCAGCUAUAUUUGGCAGCAGGAAGGCAAGCAGAGGGGUAGCAGAAUUACCUCACUGGUGUAGCAGCCUGAGGAGACUGGAGCAGGAAUGGUUUAAAACCGAGCCAGCAUGGAUAAGUUUUUGUUGUCUCACUGAUAGAAACAGCUUUCACCACAGCCCUCCAGGACAUCUUCGUGUGGAACCAGCUGCUGUGACCUAAGACUUGCAGGUCUGGUAUUUCAACCCUGCGGUCCACAAAGAGGCCUAAAGGGUUUAACUUAAACAAGCAAACACUGUUGCAAGGUUUAAGCUGAGCAAAUAGGAAGGCAAGAAAGAAAUUGAAAAAGGCAGAAACCGUAGGUGGAGAUAUAUAACUGCACAGAAGUGACGCUCUUCGUUGUGCAGCCAAGAACAAGUCUGGCUGGGGUGUGGUGUGUGGUGUUCCUGCAUUUCAACAUCAGCGGUUGCUGACCUGGCAGAGGGACAAAUGCAUUUCCUGCAUUCCCUAUCAGGUGCUCACAGGCUCACAGUGCUGCUGCCACAGCCACAGCAGCAAAGGCUGGAUGUAAGUCAGGCAAAGGGAUGACCUGCCAUUGUAGAGCUUUUGCAUGGACUCAUCAUUGGAAAUAAUUUCAAAGUGUUUCCUCACAGUACACCUCAAAGGCAGGCACAGCAAUGGAGAACUUGAAUGUCCUGGUCCCAGAUCUUACUGAAGGGCAGCAAGACAUGUUCCAGAGGGUUUUUGCUGCUGAUGCCAAUUACUUGGAGAAUCACGAGAAAACGAACCAGUCCUUUUGGGAAUCACUUGUAAAAUGUUUAGCCACCACUGACCCACCUAUCCUGAAUACUGAAGAAAAGAACAAUCUCCUCAACAGCUGUGAUGUCCUGCCUGGGGGCUGUGCUGCCUGCCUGAAAGCCAUAGAGAAGAAAGGAGUCAGGGCAAUGGCUGUUCUUUACCUCUUGCUGAAGGCAUCCAACCCAUCUGGAUACAGACAGCUGCCCAGCUCCAAGGGAAAGGAUGAAAAGUUGAAACUCCUGAAGAGACUGGAAAGGAAUCUUGUACUUUCACAGGAGGAACAAAAGGCUGAAAAUUCAUCCCAUGAAUCCAUGGAUGAUGAUACACAAGACAGUGAUGAGGAAGAUUUAGGAAGACAGAAGACUGAAGACCAAUUACUUGGAGGCACACCAGCAGAGAUGGUUCCCUACAGAGAUUCAGAGAUUACCGGAAGAGAAGAUUCAAUUGCAGAUGCAUAUGAGAACCAGAGCACUCCCCACACUCGGUGGGCAGUUCGGUGGAUGGGCAUACGGAAGGAUGAUGAAUUCUUUCAUUUUGUCAUCCUUUGCUUUGCAAUUGGAGCUUUACUAGUUUGCUACUACUACCACCAAGAUUGGACUAUUUCUCUUGGAAUUGGUUUAAUCACCUUUGCUUCCUUGGAAACCACUGGGAUAUACUUUGGUCUAGUGUAUCGGAUUCGGAGUGUCCUUGACAGCUUUGUUCCUCUGAUUGACAAAUUCAGGCCAAGAGGUUUGAGGAAAGCUGCCUAGGAGGAACGUUUCAGGAGAGUUCCACAAACAAUGCUGUCUGAAUUCUCAGUACUAGAAGAACUGCUUUAUGAGGUGAACCUAAAAACUGAAUGGCCAAUGUGAAAUAUUGAAAUGUCAAACCACUGAAAGACAUCACUCCUUCCCCUCAAAAAUAAACCUGAAACAGGGGUCCAGGGCCCAUUCUUGCUUCUGAAGUGGUUUGUGGCUCAGCAAAGCUCCAACACAAACCAACAUCUAGACCGUGAUUGCCUUAAUUCCAUUAAAUAUGAACACGUUCUCCACGUGAGUCUGCCUCUGGUGCAUCAAAAUCAACAAAAGGUCCUGUGCUGGUUCUGGAUUAGGCUCUGGAUGUUUCAGUAGGAAUCCUGGCAGCCCCAGAGGCACCUCCUCCUCCCUCCCUGUGAUGCCCAGAGCAGGCAGCCGUGGUGCUGCUCUCCCAGCUGAGCCCCAGCAGUGCAGCAGAGCUGAGGCAGAUUAACUGUGGCAGAACUCGGAGCAGUGGGCGGGCAAGGAUUGCACCUGGGGAGAGCUGGGGACAUGUUAGAUGCACUGACAUAAUGGUGCAGUAAUGAGAUUAUUAACAACAGCAAAUUUCAUCUCUUCUCCUGAGGGGAAAAAAUAAAGUGCUUGAUUUGGCUCA